CUCUCUCUCUCUGAAGAGUUCCAUAUCUGAUUCUCCAUAUUUCAUUUUGUUCUCUCUCUCUCUCUCUCUCUCUCUCUCUCUCUCUCUGUGUAUAUACCAAGAACAGAGCCUCAUCAAUGGCUGCCAACAAGUUUGCGACCAUGUUGCACAGAAACACCAACAAAAUCACUCUUAUUCUCGUCUAUACACUCCUUGAAUGGAUUCUGAUCAUCCUUCUUCUUCUCAAUUCACUGUUUUCUUUUCUAAUUAUAAAAUUCGCUGAUUACUUUGGCCUUAAAACACCCUGCCUCUGGUGUUCUAGGCUUGAUCAUCUCUUAGAACCCGGAAAGAACAAGAAUUCUCAUAGAGAUCUUGUGUGUGAAACACACGCCAAUGAAAUAUCCAAACUGGGUUAUUGCUCAAAUCACCAGAAACUAGCUGAAUCGCAAGACAUGUGUGAAGAUUGCUCAUCGCAGCCAGAUUGUGAAGAAUGGUCAAAGAAGUUUGCUUUCUUUCCAUGGAUGAAGCAAAUUGGUGUGAUUCAAGGUGGCGAUGAAAAAGUUAUUCAGAAUGGUGAUGAAAACUUGAACUGUUCCUGCUGUGGCAUGAAGUUGAAUAAAUUCUACCCUCCAUGUAUUCUAAUUAAGCCUUCUUGGGAGGUUUUGGAUUACACCCAAAAACAGAGUUUGACUAUGGAAGCAGGGGUUGAUGCUCAAACUGAAGAAGGUGAUCACUCAGAUCAAAGCAGAUCGGAUUUCAUAAUCGAUCAACAUGAAGAUGAAGAGGCUAUUGAAGUAAACAGGGAAGACAAUACGAUUUUUGAUGUUGAUGGAGGCUGUAAAAGAAGAGAAGACGAGGCAGAGGAGCAUUCUGCCUGUUCUGUAUGUGACUAUGGCUGCAAGGAAAUUGUUGCCAAUGAAGAUGACAAAGUGGACAGAGUUAUAGAUGAACAAGAACCCAUCCAAGAGGCUAAGUUGAAUGUUUCAAUGGAUGAUCAACCACGUGAUCACCAGACUUUCAUUCAGGCCAGUUGUGAUAACGGUUUAUCUCCUGAAAUUCUGCCUCAGCAUCUGGAGUUCUACAUUGAUCAAGAUGAUUGUCGACUGGUUCUGGUUGAUUUGAUUGAUUCUCCCACCGCCACUGAAAACCAAAGUCACAAAAAGUACAAGGUGGAAGACCAAGCAAACAGUAGUUAUGAAGAUGUUAUACUGGAUUUUGGCAUGUGUUUCGAGGCACAAGCCAAACCGGUCGUGGAGAGUUGGCGCAGUUCAGAAGAGUCAGUGACAUUGCUUUCAUUCCAUGAGAGUAAGGAAGAGGGCAGGGCUUCAGUUCUUGAUUCAGAGGAUUUGGGUGAGAAUAGGAGCUCCUCCUCGGUCUUUCAAGGAGAAGAAGGAGGUAUAGCAAAGGAGGAAAAUGAACCAGUUGCUACUACUCAAGCAACACAAACCUCAUCUCAUGAGGAUGAUGAUGAUGAUGAUGAUGAUGAUGGCCAAUCUACUGCAGCUAUAGCAAGAGAUGACAUUGAUUCAGAUGUUCAUCAAGCUUUUGAGGAUGAUGUCUAUAUGCAUAACGACGAGAUUGAUGCGGAGGUCUCAAUAGGGACAGAAAUUCCUGAUCAGGAACCGAUUGAUGAAAUGCAAUUAGCUCAAGAAUUUCUGCAUUCCUCCUAUCCAUGUGCACAGGAAGACCCUUCUACAAGUUGUGCCAAUCUUCAUGCUUGUGAUCAUCAUGGUUCUAAACAAGCAGAGGAAGAGUUACUAAAAUUUAAAACCUUUUCAGCUGAAACGGGCGAGGAAGCAAAAGAAAAUCAUUUCUCAUUAGGUUCAGAAUUUAAUGAGAUUGUGGAAGAGAAAGUCCCUGAUACACCUACUUCUAUAGACAGUCUCCAUCAGUUGCAUAAGGAAUUGCUACUUUUUGAAAGAAGAGAAGUGGGAACAGAAGAGUCAUUGGAUGGAAGUGUCCUAAGCGAUAUUGAAGGUGGUGAUGGAGUCAUGACCAUUGAGAAAUUAAAAACAGUGUUGAGAGCUGAACGGAAGGCUUUGAAUGAAUUAUAUGCAGAACUUGAAGAAGAGAGGAGUGCUUCUGCAGUGGCAGCCAGCCAGACAAUGGCAAUGAUAAAUAGGCUACAGGAAGAAAAAGCAGCAAUGCAGAUGGAAGCUUUGCAGUACCAGAGAAUGAUGGAAGAGCAGUCUGAGUACGACCAGGAAGCUAUGCAGCUCUUGAAUGAACUUAUGGUAAAAAGGGAAAAAGAAAAGCAAGAAGUUGAAAGGGAGCUGGAAAUAUGUCGAAAGAAGGUCCAGGAUUAUGAGGCCAAAGAGAAAAUGAUGAUUUUGAGGAGAAUGAAAGAUGGCAGCACAAGAAGUAGGAGUUCAUCCGGUCCUUGUAGCAAUGCUGAGGAUAGUGAUGGGCUAUCUAUUGAUUUGAAUAAUGAAUCCAAGGAAGAAGAUAGCCGCGAAGAAGGAAGCAAUCAAAACACCCCGACUGAUGCAGUUCUGUAUCUGGAGGAAUCUUUGGCUAGCUUUGAGGAAGAGAAGUUAUCCAUUCUAGACCAGCUCAAGGAAUUGGAAGAGAAACUUUUGACCUUAAGUGAUGAAGAGGAAGAACAUUUUCAGAAUAUGAAACCAAUCAAGUAUUUCCUUUCAGAGAAUGGAAAUGGCUACCAUGAAAAAUUAGAUGUUAGUAGUGAAGUAAACGGCGUUGCAAAUGGCCAUUCCAAAGAAAUGAAUGGAAAGCAUAGCAUCAAGGGCUCAAAGGGAAAGAGACUUCUUCCACUUUUUGAUGCCAUUGAAGCAGAAGCCGAAGAUGGGGAAUUGGAAUUGAAUGGAGAUACAGGAGGGUAUGAUUCUUUUGCAUCACAAGACUUUGUCAUAAAAUUUGAAGAAGAAAACAAGAAAUUUGCCAUUGAGGAGGAGGUUGGUCAUGUCUAUGAGAGACUGCAAGCGCUUGAAGCAGAUAGGGAGUUCCUAAAGCAUUGCAUUAGCUCCUUGAGGAAAGGAGAUAAGGGAUUAGUUCUUCUCCAAGAGAUUUUGGAACAUCUUCGUGAUCUGAGAAGUGUGGAACUCCGUCUGAGGACAACGGGAGACAGCGUCCUAUAAUGGCUAUCUAUGCAUCCAAGACUUCAUAGGUGUUCCUUUCGGGUUAAAACAGCUGCAGAUAUAGGAAGAAUACCAAUGCCAUGGUGUUCUGAUGUUACUUGAUACAGAAGGCAAAUAUAAUUAUGCAGUUUCAACAAUUUCAAGGGGGGAAAUUCCCUGGAUGGAGAGGGAGGCUCCUGGCAAUGGCAUGGUCUGUUUGGUGAUCAUGGUGGACUUCAAAUUCAAGUCUGCCAAUUUUUAUUUUUAUUUUUUUACUGGUUUUGUGUCAAAGUAGGCCCAAAUUUUUUGUGGGCUGCGCCCAUCAAGACCUUUUGAAGGAAAAAGGGGGAUGAUAAGCCUAUGUGUGUGUAGGAUAGUGAGGUGAAGCCACCCUGUCAAAUUGUCAAUUGUAUGUUGUGAUGAUAUGCGAAAAGGCCUGGCUUGCAAAGCUGGCAAGAUCCAACAGAGAUUCCAGUGCCAGGUACAUAGAGCAUUAGUUUAUUAGACAGUUAGAAUUAAUUAGGACACUUUUUUCUUUCUUUCUGGUAAGUUCUGUUUGUGGGAAAGGAAAGGUAGGGGAUGACUAAUCCCUAUAUCUUUCUAAACUUUUGCAUAAUUUGAUCAUAUGGGAUUUGUUUAUUAUGUUUUGAGGGACAAAGGAGUUGAGUUACUAGUUGUAUACUACAUGUAUCCAUCUGUAAGUACAUAAAAAAGUGAGUGUUUGUUUAUA